CAAAGAAUGGAGACUCGAGCCGUGAUGCUGCAGACGGGGACGUCGCCAGUGGAGUGUGAAUCCGCUCCAGGUUUUCCGUGCCGCUCCUCGCCACCUUAUCCGUAGCACUAUGUGUUUAUGUGUGAGACGCCGACUCUUGUUUACAGCAGCGAUUCCACGGAGGGGCAGAGACCCGCAGCCGACGCUACCUGACGGCGAGCCGGAGGAGAAGCGUUUGUGGAUGUAGCACGCGCGCCAGACCUCUUUCCGUUGCUCCCCAUCGAGCGCGCGAGCAGAAACGCAAAGCUGCGAGGAGCAGAAGAAGAGAAGGGACUCUGCGUGGACGCACGCUCCCUCCCACCCCAGCCGAGGUCGUCUAGCUUGGAGACCCAUUCUCCUGCGUGGCACAAGUCUGGGAUUUUCUUUCAGCGCUAGAUUUCCGGACGGAGCGCGGAGUCCGGGGCAGAGCAGGUCGGGGUUGUGGGUUUUUUGGGUGGGAGGGGAGCCGGGACGCGUCCGCUGGGUCGACGGGGGGGCAGUGCUGGCUGAAUGGCAAAAGCAAACGGAUUUUUCAUUCAUUUUUCAAGCUCGCGGCCACCACCCCUGCGGAUCUGAACGGGUUUUUUUUUCUGCUGCCUCCCCCUCCUCGCGCGCGCGCCUCACAGAGUCACUCUCACGAGGGAUUAUUGUUAUUUUACCGUGGUGGUAAAGGCUUCUGCUUAAAGUCAUUGUUUCUUAACAGCAGCCGGGCCUGAACGCACAGUUGUUUUCAAAUGAUGGAGAAUGACGAUGGAGAUCAUUUAUCCGGGAAAAUCACUGGCCUGUGUGCCACACCAGCCAAAGGAUAUGGUGAUUGGCAAAAAUAGCAGACUGUUUUAGCCUUUAUACAUGUCUAUUUAAUCAAACGAUUCCAUUUCCAAAUCUCCUGUGCGCAUUUAUUUAUGUUUUAGAGCAAAGCCAGAUUAAAGGGCUGCCAAAGAGUAGUCUUUUUUUUCUCCCUCAUUUUUUAAAGUCUAUGUUUCACCAUUUUUAAUCGCACAUGCUCUCCACGGAGGAGCACAUGCGUACAACCCUUUUAUUUUGUUUUGGAUCAAUUUCCAGCUGACUUUGAGAGGAAAAUAAUGACCUGGAACGUGGGAUCAGUAACAUCGAUGGGCAGGCUGACCUUGUUUUGGGGUCUGAUGCUGUCUGUCUCCGCUGUCUGCAUUUGCUCCACAUAUGGAGAGGUCUGUGAGCUGAGCAUCGACAUCCGAAACGACAUAAGCGAAUUCAAAGUUCUGGAGAACUGCACGGUGGUUGAGGGAUACCUCCAUAUCCUCCUCAUCAGCAAAAAAAACACCAACAAUCUCGAGGCCUUACGUUCCCUCAGUUUCCCCAAGCUAACUGUCAUCACUGACCACCUGCUGCUGUUUCGCGUCGCCGGCCUUGAGAGCCUUAGCACGCUCUUUCCCAACCUGAGUGUCAUCCGUGGUCGCAAUCUGUUCUUCAACUACGCCUUGGUGAUUUACGAGAUGACCAGCCUAAAGGACAUAGGCUUGUACAACCUGAGAAACAUCACGCGUGGCGCCGUACGGAUUGCGAAGAACUCUGAACUGUGCUACCUGGACUCGGUGGACUGGUCUUUGAUAACGGAUGUUGUGUUCAACAAUGUUUUCAAUUUGAAUAAGAAAUUGGAAGAGUGCGACAACGUCUGCCCAGGGAUCAUGAAGAAUAGCCCUAUUUGUCCCAAGACAUCCUACAAGAACAAGUUAGACUACCGCUGCUGGAGCUCCAACCAUUGCCAGAAAGUGUGUCCAGAUCAGUGCAAGCUGGCCUGCACAGACGACGGGCAGUGCUGCCACAGUCAGUGCUUGGGCGGCUGCAGCGAGCCCAACGACGACCGGGCCUGCUCCGCCUGCCUCCACUAUUUCCACAACGAGCGCUGCGUGCCAGACUGCCCACCAGGCACGUACAAGUUUGAGGGCUGGCGCUGCAUCACAUUUGAGAUGUGCUCCCAGGCGCACCUGCCAAGUGAUACUCACUUUGUCAUUCAUGGGGGAGAGUGUAUGCCAGACUGCCCUUCUGAUUUCACCCGCAACAAGACUAAUCCCAUGCUUUGCACAGCUUGCAACGGCCCGUGCGACAAGUUCUGCAUUUCUCCUGUCAUCGACUCUGUGGAUGCUGCUCAGACCUUAAAGGGAUGCACCGUCAUCAACGGCCAUCUGGACAUCAACAUCCGCCGUGGAGAUAACAUAGCCUCUGAGCUGGAGAACUUCAUGGGCCUGAUCCGGACAGUAACAGGAUACGUGAAGAUACGGCACUCCCAUGCUCUUGGCUCCUUGUCCUUCCUUAAGAGUCUCCGUUACAUCAACGGGGAGGGGCUUAUUGAGAACACAUAUUCGUUCUUUGCCAUCAACAACCAACAUCUGCAGUCCUUGUGGGACUGGAGUCAGCACAACUUGACAAUCCGAGCUGGACGUCUCUUCUUCCGCCAGAACCCCAAGCUCUGCAUGUCUGAGAUCCACAAAAUGUGGGAAAAGACGGGGAUCACUGUGAAACCAGAGGAGGGAGACUUCCGUAACAAUGGAGAGAAAGCCAGCUGUGAAAGUCACAUCUUGAAGUUCAAAUCUAACGUCACAUCAAGUUAUACAAUCAAGCUGACAUGGGAGCGCUAUCAGGUUCCCGAAUAUGGCGGCUUGAUCAAUUUCAUAGUUUACUACAAAGAGUCACCGUUCCAAAACAUCACAGAGUUCGAUGGCCAGGACGGCUGUGGCUCCAACAGCUGGCACAUGGUGGACGUCGACCUUCCUCAGGAUGAAAAACUUGACCCAAAGGUUACCCUCCAGCAUCUCAGUCCCUGGACUCAGUACGCUAUUUUUGUGCGAGCAAUCCCCCUGCAGGUGGAGGACAAACACAUUACCGGGGCAAAGAGCGACGUCAUUUACAUCCGCACACGUCCAUCAUCGCCGUCUGUGCCCAAAGAUGCCCGCGCUUAUGCAAACUCGUCCACUAAGCUGGUGGUGAAGUGGUCGCCUCCGGUUUUUCCCAAUGGCAAUCUGACGUACUACCUGGUGCGCUGGCAGCAGCAGCCUGAGGACAGGGAGCUCUACCAACACAACUAUUGUUCCAAAGACCUGAAGAUCCCUAUCCGGGUGUCAGCAGCAGGACUGUCAGACAUGGAAGAUGGUUCGAAACCCACCAAGUCUGACGUGUCGGGCGCCAUGAAGGGUCCUUGCUGCACUUGCCAGAAGACUGCUGAUGAGAAGGACCGUGAGAAGGACGACCGAGUCUUUAUCAAAAUGUUUGAGAACUUCCUCCACAAUGUCAUUUUUUUUCCAAGGCCUCCAGAUCGUCGACGCAGGGAAGUUUUCGGCGUUGCCAACAAUACUCUGUUUCCGGAUGGAGCUCAGGGAAACGCUUCGCUCAGUCCAGCGGAUAACAGCACGGAUGGAGUCCCCCCCCUCAUAGAGUACCCUUUCUCAGAGGACAAGGUUUCCGCCGAAUACCUGGAGAUCCCCAGCCUGCAGCCUUUCACCGUCUACCGCAUCGACAUUCAUGCCUGCAACGAGGAGGUGGGCCUCUGCAGCGCCGGAGCGUUCGUCUUCGCCAGGACCAAACCUGCAUUGAAAGCAGAUGACAUCCCUGGAAAGGUCGUACCUGACAGGAGUGACAAGGUCGAGGGGUGUGUGGUGCUGCACUGGCCAGAGCCCGUUAUGCCCAACGGACUCAUACUGAUGUAUGAGGUCAAGUACCGGCUGGGGAAUGAGCCUGAGAAACAUGGAUGUGUGUCACGACGUCAAUACCGGCAAAACAAAGGAGCUCGUCUGACCAACCUGGGCUCGGGGAAUUAUUCCGCUCACGUGCGAGCUACCUCCCUGGCCGGAAACGGGUCCUGGACGGAGAGCGUCUUCUUCUACGUGCCUCCGCCUAAACGUAACCUUUACUUUUGGUUGUACUUUGAAGCUACAUCAAAAGAUGUUCAACUAACACACUUUCUGUUUUCCAUCCCAACAGGAGACGAUGACGUUGCAUUCUACUUGUUCAUCAUAAUUCCCAUCAUAGUGACGCUCUUCAUCGCCAGCCUCACCACCAUUUUAUUCUUCAUCAACAAAAAGAGGAACAGCAACCGACUGGGCAACGGGGUCCUUUAUGCAUCCGUCAACCCGGAGUACAUAAGUGCGGCUGAGAUGUAUACUCCAGACGAGUGGGAGGUGGCUCGGGAGAAGAUCACUAUGCACAAGGAGCUGGGGCAGGGCUCCUUCGGCAUGGUCUACGAGGGCAUCGCAAAGGGCGUGGUCAAGGAUGAACCGGAGACGCGGGUGGCCAUCAAGACGGUCAACGAGUCGGCCAGCAUGAGGGAGCGGAUCGAGUUUUUGAACGAGGCUUCUGUCAUGAAGGAGUUCAACUGUCACCAUGUGGUGCGGCUCCUCGGUGUAGUCUCACAGGGACAACCAACCUUGGUGAUCAUGGAGCUGAUGACCCGGGGAGACCUCAAGAGCCACCUGCGCUCCCUACGAAAUGAAAACUCCAACACUCAGGUCCUGCCACCACUUAAAAAGAUGAUCCAGAUGGCUGGAGAAAUUGCAGAUGGCAUGGCUUACCUGAACGCCAACAAAUUCGUCCACAGAGACCUGGCCGCCAGGAACUGCAUGGUUACGGAGGAUUUCACAGUGAAGAUUGGAGAUUUUGGCAUGACGAGAGAUAUUUAUGAGACGGAUUAUUACCGAAAAGGGGGGAAAGGCCUGCUUCCUGUUCGCUGGAUGUCUCCAGAGUCGCUGAAAGAUGGCGUGUUCACAACGAUGUCUGACGUCUGGUCAUUUGGAGUCGUGUUGUGGGAGAUCGCCACGCUGUCGGAGCAGCCCUACCAGGGCAUGUCCAAUGAACAAGUGCUGCGCUUCGUCAUGGAAGGAGGACUCCUGGACAAACCCGACAACUGUCCCGACAUGCUGUUUGAACUGAUGAGGAUGUGCUGGCAGUAUAACCCCAAGAUGCGCCCGACCUUCCUGGAGAUCAUCAACACCAUCAAGGACGAGCUGGAUCCUUCCUUCAGGGAAGUCAGCUUCUUCUUCAGCGAGGAGAACAAGCCCCCGGACACGGAGGAGCUGGAUAUGGAGGUAGAGAAAAUGGAGAACAUUCCACUGGACCCUGUAUCCUCCAGGCAGCCGGCCGUGCACCACACGUCCGGAAGCUCGGGGGGCGCGUUGACUCCCUCCGCCCAGCAGCUGUCCCCCAUGCAAGGCCCAAGUACUCCUUUACUGGGGCCCGUAUCCCCCUCACACCCCGGCGGCUAUGUAGCUUCAACUGUGGGCUCUCCGGGACACGACAAGCACUCAGGGCAUGUUUCGGUCAACGGACCUGUGGUGGUGCUGCGGCCCAACUUUGAGGAGAUCCAACCAUAUGCACACAUGAACGGGGGCAGAAAGAACGAACGGGCAUUACCGCUGCCCCAGUCGUCGGCCUGCUGAUAUCUGUGGAGCCCCCUCCUCUUCCUCGCACACAGGGUAACUUACAGCCUCUCUUAGACUCUUCAAGGAGGGACGUUGACUUGGCUCUACUGUGUGUCAGUAGAGGAUCUCUUCGCUCCUUUAAGGUCAAAACUCUCAAAGAAACUGUAAAAACAGCACCAAGACCUGCUGAAGCGUUUGGAGUUUGGCGGCUCAGACACACUGGGGGACUCCUGUUCUUCAAACCUUUCGUCGCGUUCGUGUUCUCCGAGGAGGAGCGCACCACAGGCAUGUACAGACUUCCAUGAACUCGCUCGUCUUUUCAGCAUAUCUAUCAGCAAAACCAACAGAAGAGCACUUUUCGUUCCUAAGGAUUUCAGAGAGGGGUGGGGGUGGCCAUUCUCUCCACGACACGGUACUGCUCCAUUUCCAGAAAUGGCUUUUCAUCAAUGAUUUUGUUUUUUUGUCUACAAACAUACUGGUUCAAGUUUGCCUCAUCAUGAACUUUUGGAUACAGAUUGUAGUUUCAUCAAAUAUUUUUAUCAGGCGGCGGUCACAACGGUAAAGAAGAGCCUAUUUUACAUCUGCCAAACUUUUGCCAAUCGACUUUUUUUUUUCCUCCAAUUUCAUACUCUCUUUGUAAUAAGGUUGGGAUUCAGAGUUGGUCUGAGCAGUUCAAUUUUAAAUCAGAAUCUGCAUCUGCAGGUUUUUUAUAGAGGAGGCCGUGCUUCUAGAAUUUAUAACAUACAUGUUUCUGGUAGUUUGUCCUCUCGAGGUCAUUACUCGGCUCCAAUACUCACUUAUAGUCAUGAGUUCUGGAAACAAGCGGCUAAAAUUAGCUUCCUACGUAGCGUCGCUGGGUGCUUAAAAGCUCGGGUUUAAAGCUCGGAGUAGAGCCGCCGCUCCUCCACUCAGAGGAGCCAGUUGAGGGGGCUCUGGUCCGGAUGCCUCCUGGACACCUCCCCAUGGAGGAAGACCCAGGACAUGCUAGAAUCUACGGCUAAAUCCAAAUUCUUCCCCUACCCCUACAUUUAGCCCUCCAAACAGAGUUAUGGAAAAAUAGUGUCUUCAAAUUCAGAUGUCUCACCCACUCAGUGAUGUCAUCAAUAGUCGCUGCUCAGCUACACUGCUAGCGCUCAAAAAAUACAUAGUCAUUUCUUACAUUUAAAUGUAAACUUCUGUACUUCAGAGCACAGCCACGAGAACAAAUUCUCUUCUUCUCCACGACUAUUUCAGACCCUACUGCUUCAAAUGCCCCUACAAUUGGAGGGGUAGGGAAGAAAUCAGAUUCGGCUUAUAUUUCCCGGCUGGCCUGGAAACGCCUUAGAGGAGCUGGAGGAAGUGACCUGGGGGAUGGAAGUCAGGGGAUUUUUGCUUAGUCUGCUGCCAUGGCAACCCAGUCCCAGAUGAGCAAAGAAUAUGUUUUUUUUAUAUUUUU